GAUUUGUAGACCGGGUUAAGCCGCCUCCCGCGUUUACUCUUGGUGGAGCGACGACAACACCGCCUUUGCGCGAACGCGUGCCAUAAUCCGAACGCCCAAACUGUCAGAUCGAGCAAGUGACCACAUCAGCCUGCGAAGCGUCCGCUUGUUGCCUUUUGUUACAUUUCGGCUCAGUUAAUCGAUAAAUAACAUUCUGUCGCCGUCGUUCGUCUUGUGUCACUGUCACGGACAAUGGCUGACCCCAAAUACGCCAAUUUACCAGGAAUUGCGUUUAACGAGCCGGAUGUGUACGAGACGGGUGACCUGCCAGAAGAUGACCAGGCUCAGUUCGAGUCGGAGGAGCUGUGCAGCGACAGCGUGGAGAGAAUUGUGGUCAACCCAAACGCAGCUUACGACAAAUUCAAGGACAAGCAUGUCAACACCAAGGGACUGGACUUCUCAGACAGAAUUAGUAAAAGCAGAAGAGUGGGCUACGAGUCUGGAGAAUUUGAAAUUCUGGGAGAGGGCUGCGGUGUCAAGGAGACGCCCCAGCAGAAAUACCAACGCCUGGUGAACGAGAUCCAGGAGCUCUGUCAGGAGGUGGACACCAUCCAGGCCGUCACAAAGGAAAACAACGCGGAAGAGCGCCUGACCCCGGUGGUCCUCGCACAGCAGGCGGCCCAGCUCAAGCAGCAUCUGGUUUCGGCUCACCUUGACUCACUGCUGGGACCGCAGGCGCACAUCAACCUGGCAGAUCCGGACGGAGCGCUGGCCAGGCGCCUGCUCACACAACUAGAGGCGGCCAAGGGCAGUCGCAGCUGCUCUGCGGGAGACGGCAAGGUGCCGGUGUCGGCGUCGGCCAAGGGCCCGGACGGAGUGGUCCUCUACGAGCUGCACAGCAGACCUGAGCAGGAGAAGUUCAACGAGUCUGCCAAGAUGGCAGAAUUGGAGAAGCGUCUGGCAGACCUGGAGAUGGCUGUUGGCUCAGCAUCAGACAAGCAGGGUCCUCUGAGCGCCGGCAUGCAAGGAGUCAGUCUGACGGAUACAUUGGAACUCCUCCAGGCCAGGGUCAGUGCGCUGGACUCUGCUACUUUGGAUCAAGUGGAGGCCAGGCUGCAGAGUGUGCUCGGGAAGAUGAACGAGAUCGCCAAACACAAAACAGCCAUUGAGGAUGCCGACACACAAAACAAGCUGUCACAGCUGUAUGACGCGGUGCAGAAGUGGGAGGCCACGUCCACAUCAGUGCCUCAGGUGGUCCAGAGGCUGGUCACAGUCAAGGAGCUGCACGAGCAAGCUAUGCAGUUUGGUCAACUGCUCACACAUCUGGACACCACUCAGCAGAUGAUCAACAACUCUCUGAAGGACAACAACACACUGCUGACACAGGUCCAGCAGACAAUGAAGGAAAACCUGGUGGCCAUCGAGGAGAACUUCGCCACGCUCGACCAGCGGAUGAAAAAGGUGUCCAAAUAAAACUGGCCCAAAAAAUAAAUAAAAUAAAAAAACAAAACAAAUCAUUUGGGUGUCAACAUGGACAAAUGAGAGUCCCACAUUGACUCUUCUGCCCACCCCUUACAUCCCCCCCCCUACUGCUCUCUUCCUCCACCUAUGCCUUCUUCACUAAGUGGAAUGUUGGGAAUGAUUUGAAAAGAAGACCAAAUUUCCUCAAUUUAAUUGAACUGACUGCUUGGAUUUUAUGAUUAGUAGAACUGACGAUUCAAGAUGAGACUGGAUUUGCACUGUAGUUUAUACUCAUCCUGUUAAAUGGCUCACAGUAAUGUUGGAAGGAUACAUUAGAGAUGUUUAGGAAAAAAAUAAAUGUUGUGGGGCCCCAGAAGGAAAAAUGUGUAAAUAUAUCCAAAUUACCUUGUUUGCUUGAGCUCAGUCGGUUAUUUGUAUUUAUAUUAUGACUGGGACACACCACACACACUUUUAAUCUGCAUUGCCAUUGCCUACAAUUCAAAUGUAUAAUGGUCACGGAAUAUGAUCAAUAAAACAGAUUAACUCGA